GUCAGAGGGGCGUGGCCUGCCGUCUCCCUGCAGCAGGUAGGUUCAGGUGACGUGCUGCCGAUCACAGGCUGGUUUCCUGCUUCAGUCCCAGGUGGACGUCAUUGCAGCUGAUUCUUGGUCUUCUUCUUCUUCUACCACUACGUCUUCUCCUUCUCUAACUAAUAUCUGGUCUCCUUGGACCACGGACGUGUCGGUUAAUUACUGUGUUUCCCUCCACUGUGGAUUAAUCGGUAUUUUGAUGCGGUUUCCUAAGAUGAGCUGAUCAUCUGCUGCAGGUGCCUUCCACAGGUGAAGCUGAGGUGAUGUCAGAAUGGCUGCAGUCAGACUCCGUCAGAGAAGAUGUUCCAACUCUUCACACUGACAGACCUGUCUCACCUCCAGAGGGCGUGAGAGGCAUGGAGUCGUCUGUCAGUGGGUUCGAUUCCCAGGUUGUUUUCACAGGAUCCAUCCUGGAGUCCACAGGAGGAAACACAGAGGAAACAGACGAAGAAGAAGACCUGAUGAGAUGUGGGAGACUGGAGACACGCUGGCUCCUCUGGCAUGAGUUCAUGAAGGAACACCAACAACUGGAUGCUUGGCUGCGAUUGGCUGAACAGGCCGUGACUUCUCCAAACUUCCAUGUGACCUACAGUGCUGCCAAAGAAGAACUGAGGAUGCUUGAGAGGCUGCAGUAUGAGGCAGGGCCUCGACUGGUUCAGUUAGACAGUCUGACUCACAGAAAUCGAACGCUGACCCGACUCUUCCGUGGUGCCAUGAGGGCUCGACUGUUGGCAUCGGCGAGGGACUGUGGCCAACGAUGGGACCAAGUGAACGCCAAACUGGAGUCCACCAGAGCGAGGUUAAAGAGCUUGGUCUCAGAGUGGGAGGAGUUUGAAGCGGAGGGGGAGGAGCUUGCUCUGUGGUUGACUAACCUGGAGGUCCGUCUGACUGAAGUGGACCACCUGAAUGAAAACACCUGUGAAAAACUGAGGCAGCUGCAGUCCUUCCAGAAAUGUGUGUGUGAGAACUCUGGCCGUGUAAACACACUCCUGCAGCACGGUGAGGAGUUGAUCCAGCGCAGCGAGGCGAGUGACGCACAGCGAGUAGAGUGCCGCCUGCUGGAGCUGCUGCGCCACUGCAGCCAUGUCUACAACAACAUUGCACGGACACACACGCGACUCCUCAGCAUGAGACUGGUGUUUGAAGACGACUGGAUCCUGUCCCAGGCCUCAGACUCAGGUUGUCCCUCAGAGACCCCUAUUGAGGAGGAGCCUGUGUUUGAUAAACCUCGGCCUGACUCUGCUCCUCCUCCAGCCCGUCUUGGAGAAUUCAGCCAAUCAAACUCUGCCAUAACUGUACCGUUAGAACUGCCCUCACCCGUUCACCACCCACUUCCCCCGUCAUCCUCCUCUCCUACCCAUGAGCACCUUGGGUUGGAAUGGGACCCCUCAGUGGAUAUCGGUCGUUCUGUUUCCUGCAACGACGCUGACUCAUCGUAUUUCAGCAUCAGCACAGGACAGUGUAACGGAGAUGACCUGAAGAGGUGGAGUUACCUCAGUUCCCUCAGCAGCUGGUCUGGCAUCAGCAAUGACAUCACAAACCAGGAAACUGACCAACCAAGCCCAUGUCUGGACCACACUGACGUCUUCUCAGCUGCAGCUCCUGGGCUGGUGGAACCGUGGCUGAUCAGAGAUCAGUGUGUGACCUCCACACCGGACAGACCAGACGGUGAGCAGGUCAGUCUGAAGGGCAGGCGUUUGAGGGCGUGGCUGGGAGACCAGAGCCCCGCCCCUCCUGGGAAUCUGAGCGUCUGUUCCAGAGCAGUUCAGACUGAAGAGGAGCUGAAGGUUGAAGACUUUUCUUUUUGUGAGGAGGACGACUGCUGUUUGUCCGAACACAGUGUGACCUCCAGCACAGCCUCACCCAUCCUCAGCUCCUCCUCUCCUAUUGGCCUGCACUCCCGCCUCCUCUUCGUCCUCCUGGCAGCAGCUGUGGUCGUGCUUGCCGUGUUGAUGGCGUUGGUCCAGGACUCACCGUGUCAUCGUAGCAGCAGGUUGACACACGGCUACCACCUGACACUAAGAUACAUCAACGGGCCUCCACCCACCUGAGCUUCAACCCCCUUAGACCCCUCCCUCAGCCUCACCCCCCUCAGGUUUUAGACUCCACAGGUUUAACUAACACGUUUUCUCCCUCAAAACUAGAGUGUUCUAGGAAAAUACUCCAGAGUGAAGAUGGGACGACAGCAGGACUGAUGGGUUCAUUCUCACUGAUGACAUCACGUGUGUGGACUGAAGGAUCUCCACAGUCUGUAGUCAGGCUGACGCUGCCACUUAAACUGCCAUCGAUAACAAAUGAAGUUCUUCAACUGCCUCAGUACUUGUUUUUAUACUUUAUACAAAAGUGUGAGUAUUUUUGUACUAGUCUGUACUGCAUCAAAGUCACGGUGAUGUGUGUAAUGUCAGUUGUCUGAGCUGGGAUUAGAAUCCUGGAAAUUAACAUCUGACACAACAUGUGGUCGGACAGAGAUGUUUGAACAACACUGCCUCUACAAGGGUGUUGCCUGUUCAGUGGUUGAGUUUGAUCAGUUUGAUCAGUUUGAUCAGUUUGAUCAGUUUGAUCAGUUUGAUCAGUUUGAUCAGUUUGAUCAGUUUGAUCAGUUUGAUCAGUUUGGUCAGUGUGGUCAGUGUGAUCUGUUUGGUCAGUGUGAUCAGUUUGGUCAGUGUGAUCUGUUUGGUCAGUGUGAUCAGUUUGGUCAGUGUGAUCAUGAGAGCUUCUGAUCUGUGUUACCACUGACAAAGGUCCAAUCAGAAGAACUGAAACAUCUCAGGGUUAUGUGAGUCGUGGACCAGCUGCAGCUGUUAGUGAGAUAAUACACAGAUAUUGUCUCUUUGUUCUGAAGGUUAAAUUGGGAACAGGUCGGUGGUAGGUUCUUCUGUUUAUUGGUCAACUCCUAAAGACCUGGAGCUGUCCCCAUAGACUGUUGGUCACGGUCUACAUAUUUAUGACUCCAACAUUGACUUGACAUUUCUGUGUGUUUCAUAUGAACAGAGCUACAGCGUGUCUGAUACAACAACACAUCUGUCACCUGCAGGCUGUUGUGUUUGUCAAACACUAGUAAAACUCCAAAGAGUCUACAGUGCACUGGAGCCUGAGGCUCAGAGUCGGUCGUAGGUUUGGUUGGUGGUGAGCUGAUGAUAACCAGUCAAACCUCUGUGGUCAUGUUAGGGGUUGUGGGUAAAUGAACUUGGGUAAUUAGUUAACACUGAUGAGCUCCUCAGCCAAACAGAAUCUGAAAUUCUGAACAAUUAUUGAUAAAAUAAUGAUAUUCAUAAUAAUAAUGACCAAAUGAUUUAAAUCCAAAACACACACGGAGUUCAUAUCUUCAUCUGCUAAGAUUUUUUUCCACCCUGUUCGAGUCCCUCGGGACAGAAGUCACAGGACCUGCAGAUAUGCACUUAGUGUGUGAACAAUGAAUGGUUCUGGUCCGAACACAGGCUGAACCUGGAACAGAGGUGUGACUGUAGCAGACCAGGUCGGCUCAGACCUGAGGAGGAGCAGGAAUGAUAAUGACUGGUGGACGACUGCCAGGACCGCAGAGUCACUCCAGGACUGACCGUCACUUUGGUUGUGUGUGUGUGUGUGUGUAAAUGAACAGAGUUUGAUUUAAUCCAGAUGAUGUUUUAUUCCAUCUGCUGAUUUUGUGACUGUGGAAUAAAAUGUUUGUUUGUUUUGUUUGAGCAGGAAAAUGUCAGGAAUGUGCGUGUGACUGAAUCAAAAACAAAUAUCUGAUUUUCUCCGAGGAUGUGAUGGUGGUGAUGUGAUCAUGUCAUGUGGUGAUGAUGAUGAUGAUGAUGAUGAUGAAGUCUCUGUAAAGGGUCAGCUGCCAUUUCAUUAGUUUGUCAUAAAGUAGUUUUUUCUGGAUCCUUCAGGUCAACAGUUUUAUAUAUUUGAAGAAGAAAUAAAUGACAUGUAUUCACAUA